AUUUUUUUUACCCCCACCCCAUAAUCUUUGUCCAAUCAGAGGCAGAGGCUGCUGUAGCGAUGAACAAGCAGGAUAUGGCUGAUGAAGCUCUCUUCUUGCUCCUGCACAAUGAGAUUAUAUCGUGUGUUUAUAAAGCCGAGGGAGAUGCGGACAAUGGGAAGUGUAUUACUAAACUGGAGAACAUGGGAUUUCGUGUUGGACAAGGUUUAACAGAGAGAUCUACCAAGGACACGGCAAGAUUCAAAGAUGAACUAGACAUAAUGAAAUUUGUCUGCAAAGAUUUUUGGACGACCGUGUUUAAGAAGCAGAUUGACAAUCUCCGGACCAAUCAUCAGGGUAUUUAUGUGCUUCAGGAUAAUAAAUUCCGACUCAUAACCCAGAUGUCUGCAGGAAAACAGUAUCUUGAACAUGCGCCAAAGUACCUGGCAUUUAGCUGUGGUUUAAUUAGAGGAGGCUUGUCUAACUUAGGAAUAAAGAGCAUCGUCACAGCAGAAGUCUCAGUAAUGCCUGCAUGCAAAUUCCAGGUGAUGAUUCAGAAGCUGUAGAACAAGAUGGCGUCUGAUGAGCGGUGUUCAAAAACAAAACUUAUUGUACGCAUCGCCACGUGUCAAACAUUAAGGAGCCAGUCUGUUGUUUUGUAUUUAUUUUUGAUUUUCAUUUUGAGGUUCACAAAUUAACUGACAUUCCCAUUUGCUGUUGCUUUUAUACUUUAGUUAGUGGUUUUAUCAUCAGAGCUGAUUUUUCUCCGUUUUGCCCAGUAAGGUGCUGCUGUGGGAAAAAAAAUGAAGCACACUAAAGUAUUUUACAGGAAAACAGAUUUAUUAAAACUGACCUUAUGUCACAUGGGCAGAUUAUGGUCACGUGACCUGCUGCCAGCACAACUAGAUCAUGUGAGCAGUUUCACCAUAUAUCUGUAGGGCCAGGUUUCAUUGGGAGUGUACAUAACUGGUUAUCAGGGGGAUAACUCUGACUGUUAGGAACAAAUCUCUUUUAAACAUUGUAAAAUAGCUCAGAAUAUAUUUAUUAAUUAAAACUUAUGCAACUAUUGGCUGCCAUAAGGAAACACUAUUUUGUAGUUUACAGAUAUAAAUUUACUAAUAGCUGUUGAGACUAUUUCCACCCCGAAUUUCAUCUAGAUUUCAAACCUUCUAUUCCCAUAAUUCUCAUUUCAAAAUGAAAAACUGGGACAAAUAAAGUCAUGCCCAGUUAUAGACAUGCCCUAACCCAUGAAAACCCUCUCCAACUUUCUGGUAAAUUAAAUCUCUGAUACUUAGAGAGAAAGUCCCAAUGUUAAAACCUUAAAAGGUUAUUAUCUUACCAGAAAUGUGUGUGGCCCUGGGUACUCAUGCCCCAGACCUACAGCUCAAGGUGGGGGUAUCCAACCAAAGAUGAAAACGACACGCACUCACAAAUCCCACAAACAGGCUUGUAAAAGAACUGAGAAGUUUAUUUAGGCCACAAAAUAGAUAAAUACAUAUCCUUACAUGUUGCGUGCCAAUAGGCUGUACUAAUUCAGAGAUGUCCUUUCUAAAUAGGAACAAUUGCAAUGAAUGUUUUUUUUUAUUA